CAAUAUGGAAGAAAUAGGAAAUAGGAAAUGCUAUAAACAGUGACUACGUUGGUGUAAGACAACGUUGAAAAGAGCGAGCAGAAGAAAGCUCUCUUGGUGGCUGAUUUUUAUUGUAGUGUUAACUUGGUUUCAUAUAUGAUGGAUGGAUAUAAACACUGCGUAUCACAACUCAACGAGUACGCGCAGCAAUCAGGAUCUGUGCUGUCAUUUCAGGACCUGGGCUGUGUUGGACCAGAUCAUGACAAGGUAUUCAGCUGUAGGGUUGUCCUUGAUGGUGAAGUCUAUCCUGAUGCUGUGGGGAGGAGCAAGAAGAAAGCCAAGUAUAAUGCUGCUGAAAGUGCCCUGAAAUGUUUGUUGGCGAGGACACGUGUCAGUGAUGAGACAAGAAGACAAAGUGUGACCUCCAAAGACAACAACUUUCCAGAGAAAUGUGCAACAGGGACUGCCAGCCAGUGCAGUCCGAAGCGCUCGCGUGAUCAUACCUGUGAGAAAAGAUGCCAUGAACCAAACAACUCCCACAAGGAACACCCUGUGAGUGAGGAUGAGAAUGUCAAGAAAGCCAAACAAAACACGUCUCAGCUGGCGUGGACUGCUCCUCAACAACACUCAGACAGCAAGGAUUCCUUUGGCUCAACUGCGUCCGAAGAUGAUGCAGCGAUGUCCUCACAACUAACUGAAUCAACCGUACUGUUCUCCAGUGAAGUGUCACAAAGCAGUGAAUCCAUAGUAUUCACUGAUUCAUCAAACCCUUUGAAGGCUCAGGUGUCCCCGGGGUCAAAUGUGUCUGAAAGUGAUGCAUCAACUUCUUUCGAAUCUACCGAGCCAUCGUCACAAAACAUGGAAACAGGUGAAAAUUGCAGUGGAUACAUGGAUAUAUCAAACCCAGACAAGGAUCAGGUUGCUGUGAAAAACAACAGUAUGGGAAAUGGUGAGAGUAACGAAUCAAGAUUCAUAUUAGAAUUUGAUUCCAUAUCACGUCUUGGCAAAGGAGGCUUUGGUCGUGUCUUCAAGGCAAGAGAAAAACUGGUCAACAAGUAUUACGCCGUCAAGGUUGUCCAGUUUAAAAAAAAAGCUUUGCGAGAGGUAACGGCAUUGUCAGACCUCCAUCACCGCAACAUUGUACGAUACUUCAAUUGCUGGAAGCAGGAUUCAGACUACCAGGACGACAGUUCAGUGGAGAGUUCCACCUCUUCUGAGUCCGUCAGCCAUUCAUCACCAAUGUACCUAUACAUUAAGAUGGAAUUAUGUGACACCAGAACACUGGAAAGCUGGAUAAUGGAGAGGAAUGAAGAACAUCAGCAAGACUCCAAACGAAGAGAAGAAAGUCUAAACAUCGCUCAACAAAUAGUCAGUGGAGUCGAGUACAUUCACUCCAAAAAACACAUCCACAGGGACCUAAAGCCUCCCAACAUCAUGUUUGGGCAGAAUAAUGAAGUGAAGAUUGUGGACUUUGGCCUAGUCACCGCUGAGGCUGAUGGCAAUGACAAACACCUGAUGGAGAGAACUAAAAGAACAGGAACCAUAUCCUACAUGGCUCCAGAACAACAUGGGAAAACCUAUGACCGAAAGGUGGACAUAUUCGCGUUGGGGCUUAUAUACCUUGAACUCCUUUGGAAAGUCUCCUCUGGCUCUGAAAGAGCAGCCAUUUUCAUGGAUGCCAAACGAAAGAAGUUCCCUACACAGUUUACAUCAGAGUUUUUCCAAGAGCACCAAAUAAUCAAGUCAAUGUUGCAUGAGAAGCCAGGAGACCGACCUGAAGCUACUGCCCUGAAAACGAAGCUUGAAAAGUUGUCUCUCAUGCUCAGUGCACAAAAAGAUAGGUCUUGGCGAACUGUAACUGAUCGCACGAGAUAGUUACACAAGCCCCGAGGCGUCCCACAAGGUUCCGUGCUUGGCCCCCUUCUCGUCAUCAUCUACAUGUUUUAUCAUACAUCAUCAUGGCCUUCAUCGCCACUGUUAUGCCAAUGAUACCCAGUUCUACUUCUGACAAUCUCUUGGAUGCUAACUUACUUCCUCAUUCACUGAUUUGGCUUUGUAUUACUAGAAUAGGGUUGGUAUUCUGUGCUUCCCAACCUCAGUUUCCCCUGAGUUGAGAAAUACUGUAUCUUCAUCCCUUUUUUUUGUUACGUGCCCACCAGUGACACUUGGUCCGAGCCUUGAAACUGCAACGCUAAUUCCGCACUUUUUAGACCCACUCGUAGGGGGAUGGGACCUCAUUCCCAGAAUGUGAACAGUGUCCGCCAUCUUUGCUAACAGUUAUGCUGUUGGCGAAAAAAAUAGAGAAAUAAAUCUAAAUUUAAGUCAAUGAUGAUGUGGACAACUGCAAUUAAAACACCGUAGCAGUGUUUGUUCUAUCACCUCGCAGGCAGCUGUUUCUCAGCACCAUGUUUUCAUGAAAACAUAUACAGCCUGUAAUCGUGUGGGGGACCGCAUAUGGCCCGCGGGCCUUACUGCGUUACCUACUCCUACACUCUAUUGACACCAGCCUCCUCACCCCUCUCACCCGCCCCCUUACUGUCCUUGUAAAACACACAAUUUUGAAUGUGUAUUUCAUCUAUCAUUCCGCUGUAACUGCUUCAUAUUGUCACUGUUUUAAAUUGCUGUUUUUCAUAAUGCAAUUGGUUUUAGCUGCUCCGUUGUUUUGUUUGUGUGAUUUCACCCUUUGAAGUACUAUAUACUGUUAAUGAAACAUGAAAUCAAUGGUAAUGGGAUUUUUUAAAUGAGUGUCAACAGUUAACACUUUUUGGAAAUGUAUUCUGUGGCUUGCUAGUGCAUUUUAAGUGUCGUUACAGCUUCUGCUUAGCAUUGAAUAUCAUAUGCAGGAAUAUACAAAAUAAAGGGUUCAUCCAGAGAAAACUGUUCAUGGUUUAUUUACAGUGUUAACUUUACAGUGUAGACAACUUGGCAGCCUUGUCUGCAGGCAGAAAUCAACUGAAAAAAACA